GUUUUAGCGGAAGUGACGCAAAACACGCACAUGUGGGGACUGCGUGGAAGUUGGGGCUUCAACAAACUUGUUUUUGAAAAGUAAUUAGUUAAACAACAUGAGUGAAGAGGGCCGUUAUCCCCCUCCGGACUUCAGCUGCCCCCCAGCGAGCUCCAGCCAGCAUCUUCAACAGCCUCCCCGCUUCAGCGGCUUCCAACCGGGCAUGUGGAACUGGACCGAGUCGCCAUGCGAGCCCAGCCGUGGCAGUCCGGCAUGGCAGCACCAAGAGCCAGCACGGGGCUUUGGCUUUCAACCAGGCUGGGGAAACCAUGGACAUACGCAUCCUUACAGUCCAAACGUUGGAUACGAAUGGUAUCAAGGUGGAAGAAACAACAGUGGACCUCACUACCAGCCCUGGAAAAAGCAGAAGAACAAGAAGGAGCCAGAGUAUUCUCAUUUCUGUGACACCUGUGACCGGGGCUUCAAAAACCAGCAGAAAUAUAAUGAACACAUUUCUCAGCACGUCAAGUGUUCGGUGCCUGACUGCAGCUUCAUGGCUCAUGAGAAAUUAGUCGCCAUACACUGGAGACACAACCAUGCGCCAGGAGCGCGAAGAAUCAAGCUGGACACUGAAGAAGAGAUCUCCAAGUGGAGAGAAGAGAGGCGCAAAAACUAUCCAACGCUGGAAAAUGUUGUAAAAAAGAGGAAAAUCGUGGAACUGCGACAGGAAACGGGAGGUGUUCUUGAGACGGCUCAGUUCGGACGCAUGAGAGGGAGAGGACGUGGGUGGAGGGGCAGGGGAUUCAGAGGACGACAUCAACCAGGUCCACAUCCACAUCCAGCAAACCAGAAGAGUCCAGAGAACCCCAAACCCCUCAACCAGGUAUCACAGGAGGGGGAUCCAUUAGGAGUUCUUGCCAGUGGCGACCACGAUUCUGACCGGGAGGACAAAGACAUGAAGGCUAAAGCCCUGUUUGUGGCCCCAAAACAGAUGAGCUCAGCUCUUGGCUCCCUGAUGUCCAGCUAUGGCUCCAUGAGUGAGAGUGAAAGUGGUGAUGAACCAGAGGUUUCACCGAUUCAGAGGGCUAAAGAGCUCGUCCAAGAAAACCAGACCAUAUUAAAUGGGGCAAAUUCUGGGGGCAGCGGGUCAUCCAGAUGUGUGGAACCCAUGACGGAGACCACCCAUGCUGAGUGUGGCCUCAACAUGCAGAGCAGAAGAAGUGAUAGAGGAGCCAGAAGAGGAAGAGGAAGAGGAAGGGGUAGAGGACAUUGUGAGCCUCCACAAAUACGUCAACCUACAUUACUAGAAAUGCUGCUGGCCCCUGAUAUCCGCCACGAAAGGAACGUCCUCCUUCAGUGUGUGCGCUUUGUUGUCCGCAACAACUUCUUUGGGCUGGAUCAGACGGCAGUAAAAGCCCCCCUGGCUGCAAGGCACCAUCAGCGCGUUGAGGAAACGCCAAGUAAAGUGAGCAGCGAGUCAGCCGUUCCUGCUGGUGAGGAUGGACUCUCCACAGAGGGAGCUGAGGCUGAUCCACUAGCUGUGAACAAUUUAAAAGAAGAUAAAGAUGUUGACCACAUGGACUCUGCGAUUUGUGAUGUUUCUGCUGAAGAACCUGCAUCAAAAGUCAAAAAAGCAGAAGAAAAAAUCACACCCACUUAUAAUGACUAUGCUGUUGAGAUUUGGGAGUUUAAUGGGUCUUCUGUAUGAAAUAAACUUAUAAUUUACAAUGUCUUUUAUGUUCUAAAUCAAACAGAACAAAAAUGUCAUUUUUCUAUUAUUAUUUUUUGACCUUUACUAUAAAAUGGUCUGUUUUUCCUUUGUGAAAUAAAUGAUUAAUCCUUGUUAUUUUUCA